AUGUUAAAAAGUAAUCAAAAUCCAUCAGAACAUAUUCUAACACCUCAAGGUUUAACCGGUGUAAAUGAACAAAUAUGUAAUGAGAAAAACAAUGAUGUUCAACAAAAAGCUAUGCAUACACAGGACAAAGAAUCAAUGAUUAUUUCAUGGCUUCCAGUAUCCUCACCAGUGUCUCAAUAUGACUCAUCAACUUCUUUCUGUGAUAUAAGGCCAUUGUUGUCCUUUUCUAUGCAACCAUCAACUUAUAUUAAUGAAGAAUAUGCGACACGGGUACGUCAUAUUAUUGCAUCAUGGAAUAAUCAUGAAAAUGAGUUAAAAUCAAUCCAUAAAACCAAUUCUACGUCAACAAAUUCAUCUAGUAUGGAUGAUGAUAUUCAUGAUCAUAAACCAAAGUCAUCGAUAAUAAGUUCUAAUCAAACUACCUCAACCAUUUCAAAUACUCAUAACUAUUCAAAAGUCAAAUUGUCUAGCAAUCGUAAAUUAAUAGACAAUGAACUUUCUCAUUGUGAAUUAAAAUCGAUGACUAAUAAUUCCGCUAUUCAUUAUCAAUAUACUCCAUUUAAAUCUGUACAUCGUCAUCAUGUAGAAGAAUCUCAAUCUUCCAUACUUUCAGAACUUCUUGAUUGUUGUGAUUCUAAUCAACGAUCACGAUCAACAUCAAUUGAAAACAAUUCUGAUUAUUGGGAUAGUUUUCAUAUUUCAGCAAUGUUACGUGAAACAAUGUUUAAUAUAUCAAAGAGAUUAAUAAAAACCGAAUCAAUACCAAUAGUCGAUACUCAUUAUUUGUAUCCAUCUGGUCUUUCAUUUGAAUUAGCUAUUCAAGUUUUUUGGCGACCAAGACAUUUAAAUGAACAAAAUUGGAUAAAUUGGUAUUCAACAUAUUUGAAUGAUCAACGUGUUUAUGGUUCAUGUGGUAUUCAUCCACAUUGGAGUUCAGCAUGGAAUGCAACAUCUAUUGAAGAUAUCGAACGAUGUCUUAAACAUCCAAAAGUAAUUGCUAUUGGAGAAAUAGGAUUAGAUUUUGGACCUAAAAAUACAUGUAACAUAGAUCAACAACGUCGAGUAUUUGAAGAACAACUUAAAUUAGCUGUAAAAUGGUUAAAACCAAUUGUUAUACAUUCAAGAGAUGCAUAUGAACAAACAUUUCAUAUAAUGAAACAAUUUGGUUUUACUCCAAUUAUAUCUCGUGGAAAUUUUCUUCAUACUGUUAUUCAACAACUUGAUCUAACACAGAUUUUAUCUGAAACUGAUGCACCUUAUUUUGUACCUGAAGAACUUUCCAGUCUUUCACGUUGUGCACAUCCAAGUAUGGUUUAUAGUGUUGUUGAAACUAUAGCACAAAUUCGACAAUUAUCUAUCAGCGAUGUUGCUUCUCAAUUAAGAGAAAAUGCUUAUCAUAUUUAUGGUGUUUAA